UUGUUUUACUUUUCACUUUUUUGCCAAGAGUUCACUUUUAAGAUUUAAAUUAGGGCGGGUGCGGGUGCGGGUGCCGUCUUCUCUAAACAUGAGUGGAGACGAAGUUAGAAUCCUGCGAGGCUACGAGCUCCGCCUCCUACGCUGCACCCUCCGUCCUCCACCGUCGCAUCCUUCUCCUCAUUCUCCACCGUCUGAUUGCAAUGCCUCAGAUUGUCCUCUCAAGGCUCUCAUCUCGGACAUCCUCAUCUCCAUCGAGACUGGAGACUAUAUUGGAGCUCUUUCCUCCAAGGCAGCUCGACUCGUCCUCGACUCGCCUGAGUCCGAGCUAUCUGAAACGCCCGAGCGAGCCUACUUGGAGUUACUGGAUCGAAUUCACUCGUUUUUAUCCAACGAUUCCGUGGAUGAUUCCGCCAAAGCCUUUAGAGUCGUUCUUGUUAUGUGCAUUGCUGUGGCUGCCUUUUUCUACUUCACUCAGAGUAAUUUGACUGGGCCAGUGGAGGGAUUAUUGAAGCGUCCUUUGCCGAUGAAGGCGUGGUGGGAAGGUGGUGGAAUGGAAGAGUGGGAGAAUUGGGCGAGGAAUGAGCUAAUGGCUGCUGGCUCUGAUUUGCUUGGCAAAUUCUCUUUUCUCCAGUACAUUGUUUUUGCUAAAAUGUUGCUUCUGAAGACAAGAGACUUGUUAUUUGAAGCAACUAUGAUGUCUACAUUUGGAAUUAGAAGCAUUUCCUGGUGGCUGUUUCGAUUCCUACUUUUUCACCAAAGAAUUUUGAGUGAGCGGUCUUCUUCUUUGUUUGACUUAUUGCAAGUAUUUAUGGGUGAGACUUUACAUCAUUUUGGAACUUUGGAAAAUGUGACAAGUUAUUGGGGUGCAAAGUUGCUUGAUGGAGAAGUGACAACUAUUGUGUCAGUCGUACAUUUAGAAGCAGGAGUGCUGGAAUACCUUUAUAGCCGACCUGAUCCUUGCAGGCAACAUUUUGAGUCAGCUUUAAUGGCAGCUAGCCUUCAGCUCUCUGUUACCGGGGUCCUUGGAUUACGUACUGUACAUCAGGUAGAACCAAAAGCCCAAAUGGUAUUGGUUACAAACAAAAGCUCGAAGAGUAGUAAUGAUACAUGCACCUCAUCAAGUCCUGGCUUGAAGUCAUAUUGUUCGAGCAUCCACAAAGACUCUGACAUAUUUAUAGCCCCAAAACUGUUAGAGAAUGGUAACCAUUGUGGAAACAAUGGACAAUGCUUUCAAAAUUGUGACAAUGCUGGUGCCCCUUUAACGGCAGUACAGCAGGCUGUGGUCUUAGCCCAAUGCCUUCUAAUUCUAUCAAGUACCCGACAAGAUGAAAUGCAAGGAUGGGAUAUGGCUCCAUACAUAGAGGCAAUUGAUUCUCAGCAGUCGUCAUACUUCAUCUUACGAUGUUUCUGUGAUAUUUUACGGAUUCGUUGGGAGUCAACUCGCAGUCGCACAAAGGAGCGUGCAUUUCAGAUGAUGCAUAACCUGGUUGAGAGGAUUAAUAAGGCUUCUCUUGGAGUUUCACAAAGGCUUCCUUUUUGUUAUGUCGUUGAUAUCCUAACAAUACCUACUAUCAGAAAGGAAUAUGGUGAGCUUUUAGUUAGCUGCGGCUUGAUUGGAGAGGCAAUUAAAAUUUUUGAGGAUAUAGAGUUAUGGGAUAAUCUAAUAGAAUGCUACCGCCUGUUAGGAAAGAAAGCAGCUGCUGUUGAACUCAUUAAGACAAGACUCUCUGAGAUGCCCAAUGACCCAAGGUUAUGGUGUUCAUUGGGUGACAUUACAAAUGAUGAUGCCUGUUUUGAGAAAGCAUUGGAAGUGUCGCAUGAUAGGUCAGCCCGAGCUAAGCAAUCUCUUGCCUGUAGCGCGUAUGCUAGAGGAGACUAUCAGACAGCUAAGAUACUCUGGGAGUCUGUCAUGGCCUUGAAUUCUUUGUAUCCGGAUGGAUGGUUUGCUCUUGGUGCUGCUGCAUUGAAGGCUAGAGAUGCUGAAAAGGCCCUUGAUGCUUUUACUCGUACUGUUCAACUUGAUCCUGAAAAUGGGGAGGCGUGGAAUAAUAUCGCUUGUUUGCAUAUGAUUAGGAAGAAGAGCAAAGAGUCCUUCAUUGCGUUCAAGGAGGCCUUGAAAUUUAAACGUGACAGCUGGCAGUUGUGGGAAAACUACAGUCAUGUUGCUUUGGACGUUGGCAAUAUCUUUCAGGCCCUGGAAGCUGUUAAGAUGGUGUUGGCUGUGACCAACAAUAAAAGAAUUGAUGUUGAAUUACUGGAUAGAAUUAUACAAUAUCUGGAGGAAAGUUCUUCACUUAGUCACUCAACAGUGAUCAAUGGUGAUUAUUGUGCCAAUAAAGUCUGUACAGGUUCACGAACUGGUUCUGUCAAUAAAUUAGCAAAUGCAGAGAAAAAUAUAACAAAGUCGCGAGAAAACGAGCAUUUGGUGGAAUUUCUUGGGAAAAUUCUACGACAGAUAGUUAGACAUGAGAGCAAUGCAGAGUUGUGGGGCUUAUACGCAAGGUGGCAUAGAAUUAAUGGUGACCUCACAAUGUGCUCCGAGGCACUCUUAAAGCAAGUCAGAUUGUAUCAGGGAUCUGAUUUGUGGAAAGAUGGAGACCGCUUUAAAAGGUUUGCGCAUUCAUCCUUGGAACUUUGUAAGAUUUACAUGAAUAUUUCUUCCUCCACUGGUAGUCAUCGAGAACUCCUUAUAGCGGAGAUGCACCUGCAGAACGUACUAAAACAGGGAAGGAGCUUUUCAGGCAUGAAAGAAUUCAGGGAUCUUGAAGCUUGCUUGGAUGAAGUGAAGAUGAAACUCAAAUCAAAUUCAGUGCUUGCUUAAAUGGAAAAUUUCUCAAGUUUCAUGUAUCAUCCUAGUGUUGUGCAAUUAUUAUUAUUGUUUCUUUAAGCGUAACCAUAAUUUAUGCUGAUCCUAACUAAUUUGUUAGAUAAGCAACGUAUGCAUUGCACUGAUUUAAUUUAUGCUGGAUUUGCAACGUUUCACAUUAUAAUAUAUAGCAGACAUUUAUAGAAUAGACAUUUGCAUUUUUC